CAGCAGCUGCCUAACCACUAACAUUUUUUUCCUGCCUUCCUCCUCCUUUGGACAAGCUCCCCACAAUGAAGAUGCUGCUGAGCCUGAUUGCUUUGCUCUCUGCUGCCCUGUUAGCCAACGCGGCCCCUCCAACUUGCUACUCAAGGGUGUUAUCUCUGAGCAAAGAAAUCACGGAGUCCUUUAAGGAGUUACAGACCUCCAAAGCUGUGGAUUCAUGUGUGGAGGUGAUGCCCAGGCUGUACUUGGACAUACAUAAUUACUGUGUGUUGGCAAAACUCCGUGAUUUUGUAGCCUACCCCAGAUGUGACAGAGUGCUUGAAGUGAGUGAGCUGAAGGAAAAAGCCCGGAGCCUCUAUACCAUCAUGAUCUCCUACUGCAGAAGGGACUUGGUAUUCCUCACUGAUGACUGUAACGCUCUGGAAAAUCCUAUUCUGCCUCCCAUUGAGCCCUCCGUCAUUGAGAGCUAAAAUGGAGUCAACCCAGAAGUUGUACCUGGGAAAUUUUCAGGGAGA